AUGGCAAUCCGAAACACCAACGGCAACUCUGGCCAGCUCCGGGACAACAGGGUCGCAAUCAUAGGGGCGGGGUUGACUGGAUUGAUCGCCGCACAAGGCCUGAAAAAUAAUGGAUUCAACGUAGUCGUUUUUGAACGUGACGAAAGCAUCGCGGCUCGGCCGCGGGACUGGUCGAUCCUCAUUGGCUGGGGCAUGAGCACGCUCAGAGAGCUUUUACCAGAACAGAUUUUGCAGGACUUUCCUCAGGGUAUUUGCAAUCCACACCUAGAUUUCAACGAUUGGGACGAGAGUAUUAUCGGAUACAACGGCGCUACCGGUGAGGUCAUGUUCCAAAACUCAACUCCCGGCGCUCGGCGGAUCAGCAGACGUCGCCUUCGGAAAGUCCUCGCUGAAGGGCUUGAUGUUCGAUGGGGAAAGUAUCUCGAUCGAAUAGAGUCCAACAGCCCGUCGGUGGAGCUUGCAUUCAGAGAUGGAGACACAUAUGAAGCCGAUUAUGUCUUAGGAACAGACGGCGUCUCCUCAAAAGUCCGAGAGCUGCUGAUGGGAGUUGAAAAGUCCCGGCCGGUGCCGUCAGGAUACUCUAUUGCCAACUGUGUCUGCAGGUAUGGAGAUGCGGAAAAAGUCAAAGCUGUCGUGAAAGCACACUCUGUGUGUGCGCUCAUGCUUGGAACGGCGAACCUUGCUGGUUGUGGUGUCAUAUCCGCGGAAGAUCCGAAUGAUAUUGCCAGUUGGGAGACAUUCUGGGUCAAAGUAUGGCGCGGCCACUCGGUCAGCCUGAAAGGCCAAGAAGCCAUUGACUAUGCGAAGAAAGAUUUAUCAGGUAUCUGCGAGCCUUUCCGCUCUGCUCUUGAGUGGACCCCCAAAGGAAGCUCCUGCUAUCUUGACGAAAUGAAGUACUGGCUUCCCAGUCCGUGGAAGACACACGAUGGUAGAGUGACACUAGCAGGGGAUGCUGCUCAUCCCAUGUUGCCUUUUCGAGGCCAGGGACUUCAACAUGCAAUCAUUGACGUGCAAAACUACAUCAAUGCAUUGGUGAAGCUAAGAGAUGCCCGCGAGGCGACUAGCCGCAAAGACAUCAUGGCGGCAUACGGCGCAGAUGUCGUUGAGCGGGGCUCCGUCGCAGUCGCUCAGGCUCUGAAAGAAGCCGAGAAUUCGCUGAAUCCGGACACUGUUGGGAAUAUGCUCAUGGUCACCAAGGGACAUGGGAGGUCUAUAUAG